AUGGCAAGCGCAAUCCACGUCGUAUCCAAGAAGGACCUCGCCCAGCAUGAGGUCGUUCCAGUCAAUAUCUCCCUUCCAGCACUGGCACCCUCCUCUAUCCGAGCCCGCUCAUCCCUCGUCGCAAUAACAUCCAACAACCUCACCUACGCUAAGCUUGGAGACUUCGUGCACUGGUGGUCUACGUGGCCCGUCCCUGCUGAUGCCCCAGCCCCAUACAACAACAAGGACGAGUGGGGCAUUGUCCCGGCGUGGGGCUUCGGCAGGGCGCUCGAGUCCAACGUCGACUCUCUCCCGGCCGGCAGCCUCCUGUACGGCUUCUGGCCGACCUCGUCCCAUAUAGUCGACCUUAAGCUAGCGACCCACGAUCCCAAAACUCGCUUCCGUGAGGUAAGCGAGCACCGGCAAGCACUCGGCAGCAUGUACAACGAGUAUAGCCUUGUCGACGAGACAGCGCGGUCCGACGACUCCAGGGCCCUCUUCGCCAACGCCUAUUCCAUCUGGAACGCCGGUUACGUACUCAACCGCUUCUGCUUCCCGACGGAGUACAAGCCAGCACACCCGUUCGGCGUAUACGGCGGGGAAUGGACGGAUAGCGAUGGGGACCUUAGCGCCGCUGUGCUUGUGAACCUCUCGGCGUCGAGCAGGACUGGGAGGAGCUCCACCUGGAACUUCACGCGGAACCGCAAGCCGGGCGUUAAUGGCCCGCUUGCCCUACUGUGCGCGACGUCGUCACCCAAAGUCCUGGAGCCUGCGCCACAGGCCCCGUUUGAGGUUAAUUCCGUCAGCUACGAUGGCCUGACCGCUGGAGAGACCGUUGCGUGGAUCGGAAAGUUCGAGCCGAAGCGUGUCGUGGUUCUUGAUCACGGCGCACCUCUAGCUACCACUGAGCGCUUCGUUGAGGCACUUUCAGAGGCACUGCCUGAGACGCAAACUACGCUGGUCAUGAUCGGAGUUGAACCGAAGAUGGGGACUGCCGAUGAGUUGGUCGCUCUCCUAGGGUCAAAGCGGCAGUCUCGCUCUACUGUUGAGCUCAACACGACAUUCGUCAUUGAUAUCGGGUUUGCUACAGAGGGCGGGCAGAAGUUCUUCGAGGAGAAUGAGAAGGCUUUUAAUAGUGCAGUUGAGGAGAAGUAUCUUGGUGACCUUGAGUUGGUCAAGGGCGAUGGAGUUUCUGGAUCUGGUGGGGUUGAGGGAGCGUGGGAGAAUCUCAUUCAGGGGACGUUGGCGCCGAGCAAGGCCUGGGUGUACCAACUGGACGGGAAGUCACAGUAG